AUGAUUUUGGCUUACCAUUCCUGGUCCUUGCGCGAAGUGAUAACAGGAUAAAGCGGUGAAGUAGGUAUAUAGAUGGCGGAGCAGGAAGAGGACCAGCAAAAGGACGUAGAGAAUGGCGAGGAUCAGAAUGUGGACUUACGGGCUCGCCUCACAGACGGGAAGAGGUACAUUAGUUCUGGCGGAGCUGGUUGUCUUGUUUGGGGCCUGACGUUUCUCCUAAUGGGAACGCAAGCAUUAGCACCGGCUCCUCCUGAAGACAAUGCCGGACAGAUCGAAUUCGGCAAGUUCGACCGCAAUCGUUUAACAAAACUCUUUGGAGAAAGGCCGUCGUUUCGACGGCUGGAAUGUGUGCUCGUGCUUGCUCGAGCUGUUGCAAAUCUUACGGUUCUCAUCUAUUCUGCAUGGAGAUUGCCACCAAGGAACCCCAGUAUCGAUUGGAACUUGUCGAAGUACUGCCUCGCUUGGCUUGAAGUGCCAGUCGCAAUGUUGUUUGGCUUGAGCACAAUUUCAGCUCUAUUGAGGUCUUUGCCUCCCAACACGGCGGAUCGAAACCAGAAGCUUCGAAUGUUCUCCCAGUUCGUUUAUGUUACCGGCCGGUUUUCUGCCUUGUCUGGUUUGCCUUAUGCGAGCCCUAUGAAAAUAUUGAAAGAGGUGCAGCUUCACCACAAUCGAUUUCUUCAUGAGGUUGCAUUGGAGAAACACCAGGAGGACAAUUGCGCCUCUCGAGUUUCAACCUCCACGGAAGCCAUCAGCAAAAUGCUGACUCCAUGGCAUUAUGUCAAGCUCUUUUUUCGCAUCGUCGGAUUUUGUUUCACCUCCCUCAUCCUUCUCGUAACUGCCGCUAUUGGAGCAGUCCUGGUGAAACUCUCCCAGGUAGCCUUUGUUACAUCCCGCCCAUGGUCCCAAUGGACGUUCUAUGAGUACGUUCAGAUUGCUGCUUUCAUCAAUGCUUUGGCAGGGCUGGGAAUCGAUAUCAAUCUUGUUGGGCAGCAGAAGGUGGUUCAAGAACGGUAUUCAGAUCGCAUAGGCCACCAUGUGAGACAACACAGAGAGCAAGCCUUGCAUAAUUGGUGGAAAGACGCGCUGCUUGAAAGUCUGUUGGACUUCCACUCAUGGCGCUUCACCCUGGUGGUCGCCACAACUCUCAGCCUUGAUGAUUGCAUCAAAUUGAAGGGUGCUGAUGAGGCUCCUGAGGCGUCAGGGAAUACUCCAACCUCGUCACCUUUGCCAAGACCUGAAGUGAAGGGCAAAAGCCGCUCUUAUUAUGGCAAGGACACAGAAUGAAUUCGAGCAGGCUCGCGCGACUCCUUCAAAUCCAAAUUAG